AUGGUAGACAAAUACUCAUCAAUCAUCCUCUUUUCGUCAAUUCUUCUGGUGAUUUCCCCAUCUUUUGACUCUGUAAACGCGUUUCCAAUUGUGCACAAAUUCCUUAUAGACUUUGAUGUUUCUGGAAAUGUACCCGGGAGGAUCAAGGUCUCCUCAUCCCUGAGGUAUUCCGGUGGACUCAACUACAGUAUAAAACAGGCGUCCAGACACACCCACGUUAUUGGCAGAAUUGUUGACGAAGAUGAAGUUUUACUAGAUGGUAAAUCGACCUACAUGAGCAGAUAUGUCCUUGUGGUUGUCAGAGACGGUGGUGCCAAAUACGUCAGGAUAACGACGAGGCGAAGAGAGGACCACAAGUACGUGACUUGGAUUAGAGAGUUUAUAAAGAGGACAGGGGCUGAGAGAUAUAUUCCAGUUAUUAGGACACCAGUUGCUAUCGAUCUAAAGACUCAGGAAAGCGACGAAUUCAUCAAGAUGGAGACUGUAAUCUGUGGGAAUAAUAACGAUGUUAUCAAGGAGUUUACCAUCCACAGGAAUAUGCAGGAUGACUUUAUAAUAGGCCAAAUACAAUAUGGCGAGUUUUUGAUUGAAGCAGUAACCUCGGAGAUCAUGGAGAGGAAGGUGGCACUGGGAAUGGUCUACAACAUUCCUUCCAUCACCAUUUUCACUCGCUACGCUGACGGGGCAGAUGUAACGACAAAGUACAAAUUUAGCAUCGACUCCAAAACGGUUCACCUCUUGGAGGAAACCAGGAAGCUUAUGGAUUUGUGUGAAUAG